AUGCCAGGAAAUGAGAGUGCGUUUCGACAUGAGUGGUUAGAGAGAACUGAUUCAAGUGGUUUUAAAUGUAAGUUAUGGCUGAAACCAGGAGCGUCAUCAACAACAUAUACAUCAACAGCAGCUUUUAGUAAAACUCAACCAAAACUGAUAAUUUCAAAUGACAAUAAAACACGGACAAUCAAUACCGAACCAAAGUUUACAUUCGAUGAUCUCGUAACAAUUUCAGAGAUCAAAUGGGCAAUGAAUGUUGCUCAAAAGGGGUAUAGCUAUCGAUCUGUCGAUGAUUCCUCAGCCAUUUUCAAAUCAAUGUUUCCUGAUAGUUCAAUAGCAGACAAAUUUUCAAUGGGACGACACAAAUUAUCCUAUACAAUUCAAUACGGUUUGGAACCAUACUUUCAUGAUAUGAUGGUUGAUGAUUUAAAAAGAUCAAAUUCAUUUUUUUCUAUAUUAAUUGAUGAAACAACAACGGUACAAGUCAAGAAACAAUUCGAUAUAAUGAUACGUUAUUGGAGUGAACUUAAAAAACGUGUUGUUAUUAUUUAUUUUCAUAGUGAAUUUUUUGGCCAUGCAACAGCGGAGCAUUUGAAAACUGCUUUAAUUAAUAGUCUCGAAGCUAACGGAGUUGAUUUGAAUAAACUGUUAACACUUAGCAUGGAUGGCCAGAAUGUGAAUUUAUUAUUGUUCAAAUUAAUGAAUGCAUAUCUGACAAAUAAAGGAAUAAAACAAAUGAUAUUUAUCGGAAAGUGUAACAUUCGCAUUGCUCAUAAUUCGUUCAGACAUGGUCAGCAAGCUGUUACGUGGGACAUCGAUGAUAUUGUUAUUGAUCUUCAUCAGUGGUUCAAACAUUCAUCAGCGAGACGAGAAGAUUACAAAAAAAUGGCAAAUGAAAUAAAUGAAACGGCUAAGAUGAUGCCUAGAUUUAUUGAUAGUAGAUGGUUACAACUAUGCAAUGUGUUAGAUCGAAUUAUUCAACAAUGGGAAAUGUUAAAAAAUAAUUUUUUGUCCUAUUUGCCAGAACAUGGUAAAACAUCAAUUAGAAAUAAUAAGCGUUAUGAUCGAAUAAAAAAAACGUUUUCUGACGAAAUAAUAUGUGUUCGAAUAUUGUUCAUUCGUAAUUUCGAUUCUGAUUUCAAUCGAUUUUGUACAAUAUUUCAAGAACAGGCACCAUUAAUUCGUGUAUUGUAUGAUGAACUAUGCGAAUUGUUAAAAAAUUUAUUGUUACGAUAUCUAAAACAGGAUGCUAUUGAUAAAAUCCAUGACGAAAAUCUUGUAAAAAUAGAUUAUAAUAAAACCGAAAAUAGAUUAUCUGAAUCUAAAUAUGAUAUUGGAGUUGAUGUACGUCGUGCAUUGAAUGAAAUUCAAAAUCCAACAGUGAAAACUAAUUUUCUUAAAGAUGUACGUGUUAUAUUUGAAUCUUGUACGCAAUAUUUAGUUACACAUUUACCACUAAAAAAUGCUGUAUUGCGUGAUAUGCAAUGUGUACAUCCUUUAAUGAAAACAAAACCAGCAACACUUGAAUGCAUAUCACGUUUAGCAUAUCAGUUGCCAAUUAUUGUGAGCAACAUGGAUAUUGACGUUGUCAGAAUGGAAUGGAAGCAAUAUCAAAUGGAAGAAAUACCAAAAAAUUGGUAUAUCGAAAAAGAAUGGACAGACACAGACGGUAAUUAUCAUACGAAAUAUCAACGUAUUGAUUUCUAUUGGUUACAAAUAAGUGAAAUACAUACCACCCUUGGAGCACCAAAAUAUCCAUUGUUAACUAAAUUACUCAAAAAUCUAUUAGCUUUCUCGCACGGUAGUGCUGAUGUCGAACGGGGUUUCUCCCUAAAUAAUUAUUUACUCGACGACUUUCGUUCAAGUUUAAAUGAAAAGUCAAUAAUUAGUUUGAGAUCAAUUAAUUCUGGAAUACUGUUUGAAGGAGGUCAACCCGAAGCGAUCAAAAUAACGAAGUCAAUGCUCACAACGGUUCGGCAAUCUUAUUCAAAAAUGCAAUUUGAACAGAAAAAACAACAAAAACCAGCAACGGACACUAAUACCAAUAAUCAGCUCAAUGAAACACAUUUGGCAAUAAAAAAGGUGAACAAAGAAGAAUCAAGUUUGUUGAAACAACAAAUUGAAUUACAAAAGAGACUAUUUGAUGCUAGAACAGUUCUAUCAGAAGGACACACUCGAUUAACAACAGCAAUCAAACAAAAUAAAAUGGUUGAUAUUACAGUUGCUCAUUCCAUUAUCGAAACAAGCCAGAAACAAAUUACAGACGUAUCAAAUGAACUAGAACUAGUAACAAAGUCACUGAAAAAAGGACUUAAACGAAAAGAAUCGUUGUUAAAAGAUGCUGCUGAUAAAAAAUUAAAAAAACAUUUAUAG